UUUCUAUGGCAACGGGCAGACGCUACGUCGCCACGGAAACCGGAUGUGUCGUAAAGUAAGGAGGACGCUAAAGUUUUGAAACGUUUUGAGCCGCCAAAUCAGCGCUCAAAGACACCAUGAACAAACCCGAGGACUCUUGGGAUCGGCUGGACACCGAGUUUGACCUUUUUCUGCUCGACAUGAAGCCAUAUGUACUUAAACACCCCAACAAGACAGAGCGCCAGCGUUGUGCCGUAUGGAUUAAGAAGCUGUGCGACCCGGCCUCAUGUGGUUCAGGUCUGACCGGUCGGAAGAACCGCAACAUGCAUGCCCGUUUGCUCCUUCACAUGCUCAAGAGAGGGUUCCUCGAGAGGCCUUUUAACAGCAAACCAGAGCCUGGCAGCCUCAAGACUCUCCCUGCCUACAUGUCCAUCUACUUGGAUGAGCCUCUGAGUGGAGCAGCUCUGCCUGACUGGGUGACUGGAGAGCUGGCUGGAUACUCUGAUGACUGUCUGACUGCCAGUCUGCUGAAGGAAAGAACAAGUUCUACACCUGUUGCACAACAUCACAGAAGGAGGCUGUAUGAGGAUAAGCCCCGAUCCCGACCCUCGUCCUCCAGUCCUCUCAAACAGUCUCCCAGACGUGAAGCCAGGACGGUGGAUUUAGGGCUGAAGGCGGAUAUGUCUCCCGAUGACAGUGACCUGGAGGCUCGUCUCAACAGCUGGAACCUGGGGAUUGAAAACCCCAGGUAUUUGCGAGAGAAUCCCAUUCCCUUGUCUCCGAUUUUCAAGCAAAGCUUCGGCAGGAACAGCACCUUGGCUGAGGAUCAGGCCCCACAGGUUGCACAGAACAAGGAGACUGAGAUGAAGAUCAAAGUUCUGGAGUCCAAGCACCAGGAGGAGAAACUGAAGCUGCAGCAGAGACACGAUGCAGAUGUUGAGAAAAUUCUGGACCGCAAAAAUGGUGAGAUUGAGGAGAUGAAGAGCAUGUACCGGGCCAAGCAGAAGGAAUCGGAGGAGAUGAUCCGUAAGCUGGAGAAGAAAGUUCAAAGUGUGCUGCGGGAAUCCCAGGUCAUCUCUGAGAGCAAAGAGAAGCAGAUUGCUGAGCUGAAGAAGAUGUCGGAUCAGAGCGCCGACUCCCUGAAAAACGAGUGGGAGAAGAAGCUGCAUGCUAUUGCCACUGAGAUGGAGCAAGAGAAGUUUGAACUGCAGAAGAAACACACUGAGAACAUCCAGGAGCUGCUGGAGGACACCAACCUCAGACUGGCCAAGAUGGAGGCUGAAUAUAACGCUCGCUCACAGGCCACGGAGCUGACGGUGCGUGAGCUGGAGCUGCGGGUGAAGCAGCAGUCGGUGGAGGUGGAGAAGGGCAGCGUGCUGCGUCAGAGGCUGACUCAGGAGAAAACCCAGCUGGAGAUCCACAUCGCUUCCAUCAGUGCUGAGCUGCAGGAGGCCAACAGACGAAAUCUGACUCUUCAGAAAGAGAAGGAGCAGCAGAAGGAGCAACACGAGGAGAACGUCCAGAAGCUCCAAGCCAACCAUGAGACAGACAUGAGCCACUUACACCAGGAACAUGUUUUAUCUGCUGCUAAGGCGUCUGAGGUGAUGGAGGAUUUAGAGAAAAGUGUCGCUCUACUGAAACAGCAGCUCCUGGACAGUGAACACAGGAGACACCAACAAGUUAGAGAUCAAGAGAUGAAGUUUCAGCAGGAAAAAGAUGAAGUGCAGAUCAACUGUGAGAAAAAGGUUUUGGCAAUCCACAGUGAAGCAGAAAAAGACAGAACAGAGGCUAAGAGGAAGAUAGCCAAACUGGAAGAUGCACUCAGGGAGAUGGAGGGCCAGCUGGACAGAUCCAGAGAGAGCCAACGGCAGCAGAUCCAGCAGGCAGACAUGGCACUGGAGCAGUUCAAGAAACAGGUGGAGCUCAGCUCUGAGAAGACCUACGCCGACAUGAAACUCCAGAUGGAGAAGGUAGAGGAGGACCUGACCCGCUCCAAGUCCCUGAGGGAGAACCAGGCCAGAGAGUUCUCCCAACAACUUGAUGCACUCAGACAGAAAUAUGAGCAGCAGAUGGCUGAGCAGCGCAUGCAGCACGAGCAGGAGAGGACGCGGCUACAGCAGCAGCACAGCGCGGAAAAGGACAGCCUGGUCCAGGAGCGCCAGUGGGAGGUGAGCAGCCUGGAGAGGCAGGCCAGGGCCGCCCUGCAACAGCACCAGCAGCACACCCAGGAAUGGAGGAAGCGCGAUGCCCAGGUGAUCUCAGACCUGGAGGCCCAGUCGUCUGGUCUCCGUGAGGAACUCCAAGGAGCUCAUGCCCAACACAAGCAGCAGCUGGCUGAGAUGGCUUUACUCCUGGAGGAGGAGAAACAGAAGGCCUUCCUGGAGAAAGAGGCGUCGCUGGAACGUCUCCGCUCCGACAUGGAGCGUAUCCGCAGAGAGCUGGAGGACAACUACCAGCAGGAGAAGGACGCUGCUCAAGAGAAGACCAACAGCAGGUUGAAGCAGAUUGAGAAGGAGUUCAGUCAGAAGCUCGCCAAGUCUGCCCAGCUGAUUGCAGAGCUGCAGACAUCAGCAUGUGACUCAAAGGAGGAAGCUGUUCGUCUGCAGAAGGCUCUGGAGAAGCAGCUGGAGGAGUCAAACGUUCGAUGGGACGAGGAGAGGAGGACGAUAACUCACCACGCUGAUCGGGCCAACAAGGCUCUGCAGGAGAAGGUGGAAAGUCUGCAGAAGCAGCUGCACGGCUCAGAGAAGAAGCUGCUUAGCAAAGAGCUGGAGACUGAAGAGAAGGUGACGGUGGUGCGUCAGGAGUACGAGGAGAAGAUCAAAGGUUUGAUGCCAGCGGAGCUGAGACAGGAGCUGGAGGACACCAUCUCCUCCCUGAAGGCUCAGGUGACCUUCCUCCAGAAGAGAGCCUCUCUGCUGCAGGAAGACCUGGAUGCCUGUCGCAGCAGGAGGUAACCUAGGAGACCCACAGCCUGACGCCACGCCCGGACAUGAAGGAUAAGACGUCCAAUCAGAUGUGAGCAUUGUUGACUGUUACUAAUAUUUCCCCACCUGUCCUGUCACGCCACUGGACCAGUCAUCUUUUCAUUUGAAGUGCUGUUGUCUCUCACGGUUCUGACAACAUAUGAACUAUUUAUUCAUUUUCAGAUUUUAUUUCCUUUUUUUUCUGUUGGAAGAAAUAUUCACGUUCUGAUUACAUUGUUGAGUUUUUUUUAUAUCACUAACUUAAUGUUACAGUUAUUGAUAUCUUUAACAAAAAUCCAUCAUUUUUAAUAAAAAACUUUUGCAUCAUUUUCUGUUGUCAUGCAUUUAUUUUUUUUUAUUCUGUGCAUGCUUUUCAUCUUCCAAUACCUCAUAAUUAGUCCCUGAAUGA